GUUAUGUUUGCCUGGAACAAAGCAGUACCAAAAACUAGAGAAACAAAAGGGCAAUUCUAUUUCUUGUUUCUCUGCUGGUUGGCUACUUUUGAUUAGAUAUCUAGCUUAGAUUUAGGCCACUAUCAUCAACAUCUUCAUCAUCAUCAUCAUCAUCAUGGCUUCGUCAAACAGACACUGGCCUAGCAUGUUCAAAUCCAAGCCCUGCAACACCCACCACCAAUGGCAGCCUGACAUCAAUCCCUCUCUCAUGUCAAGUGGUUGCCACAGAGCCCCAUACUCCUCAGGAUGUGAAGAGCGUAGUCCUGAACCUAAACCAAGAUGGAACCCAAAACCUGAACAAAUUCGCAUACUGGAAGCCAUAUUCAACUCCGGAAUGGUUAACCCACCAAGGGAUGAGAUAAGGAAAAUCAGAGCUCAAUUGCAGGAGUAUGGCCAAGUAGGUGAUGCCAAUGUGUUCUACUGGUUCCAGAACAGAAAAUCGAGAAGCAAACACAAGCUGCGCAACCUCCAAAAUUCUAAACAACAAUCCCAGCAAAACCAACAAACCCAGCAAACUCGUCCAAUGACAAAUAUUACCACCAUCACUGCACCUUCUUCUUCCUCAUCCUCUUCAGAGAAAUCUUCACCAAAAGGAGCUAAUAAGAGUACUCUCUCCAUGAGUUCUCCAAAUGUCAUCGAUGUUUCCAACUCUCCAACUGCUUCUGUGAACCAGGCCUACUUUCAUCAGCCCCAAAACGAGUUCUUGAACGAACCCUUUUUCUUUCCUGUGCAACAGGCUGCUGCAGGAAACGGAUUUACGCAAGGGUUUGGCUUCUUUGAGCUAAAUAAUAUGGUUCAAGUUCCUGAACAACCAGUUGGACCCUGUACAAGUCUUUUGUUGAGUGAGAUAUUGCACAAUGGUGCAUCAAAGAAAGCACAUGAAGAAAAGAUGAAGAUGCAGCUCCAGCUUAACUACACUGGUUUCACUGCUCCUAGUACUCACACAAUUUCUCCUCUCACUGCUUCCACCACUGCUACUAUAACUGUUCCAUCUAAUAUCAACCACGUUCAAGGUGUAGGGGAAUUGGGUGUAGUGGGCCCCGGCGGUGCGGCUAGAUCGACGGUGUUUAUCAAUGAUGUGGCCUUUGAGGUGGCCGCUGGGCCCUUCAACGUGCGGGAGGCUUUCGGUGAUGAUGCUGUCUUGAUCCAGUCCUCCGGUCAACCUGUUCUCACAAGCGAGUGGGGUGUAACGUUGCAGCCUCUUCAACAUGGUGGAUUUUACUAUCUGGUGCGCUCAUCAAUCCCCUUCGCCGUAUAA